GCGCAACACGUAAGUUAUCCCGUUUCCGGCAUAUAGUAGCAAACAUGACGGUUCCAAUAGAGGAGAUGACCCGCUAUGUUAGCCCUAUCAAUCCAGCAGUAUUCCCUCAUCUAACAGUGGUUUUACUUGGAAUAGGCAUCUUCUUUAUGGCAUGGUUCUUUGUAUAUGAAGUAACAUCUAACAAAUUUACACGAGACAUUUUCAAAGAAUUGUUAGUGUCCUUGGUAGCUUCCGUAUUUAUGGGAUUUGGUGUUCUCUUUCUAUUGUUGUGGGUCGGCAUCUUCGUAAGCAGGAAAUCCAGCUGGUGUCUGUGGUGAUUGUAAAAGAAGUGUGUCUGUGACCAGUCAUCAUCAUCACCAUCAUCAUUAUCAUCAUCAUUCCAUGUAUACAGUACAUGAAACUCGAGAACUUUCGAAUGUUUUGUAAAUUGUGAUGGGCUAUCUGUAGAGUAUCUUAUUUUGAAUAAAUGUUAAUAUAUUGUCA